GACACAUAGCCAGAGCAAUAGCCAUCGACGAUGGCACCCACUCCCUCAGUUGCUUCGCCAGAGAUGACGCAGAACGACGACCACCAAGUGCAACAGCCCGCGACGCCGGCCGCGCCUGUGUCACCCGUGACCAUCGUAGCUCGCGAAGAACCGCCGCCGCCACAGCGCCGCCGACCUCUGUCGUUGCCCAGUCAGGUGCAGGAAUGCACUAUGCAACGCAUCCUCGUGACAGGCGGCGCCGGCUUCAUCGGUAUCCACUUGUGCCGCCGUCUUUUGGAUCAGGGCCACGAGGUCAUCUGUCUUGACAAUCUCUUCACUAGCCAGCGUGCCAACGUCCUGGACUUGCAAAUGCGCUACCCGAACUUUGAGUUCGUGCGUCACGACGUCACGGAGCCCUACUCGUGCGAAGUAGACCAGAUCUACAAUAUGGCGUGUCCUGCGUCACCUGUGCACUACCAAUACAACCCCAUUAAGACCACCAAGGUGUCUUUUAUGGGCGCCAUCAACGUCCUCGGCCUGGCCAAGCGCGUCAAGGCGCGCGUGUUCCAAGCCUCGACUAGCGAAGUGUACGGCGACCCGGAGGUCUCGCCGCAGGUAGAGUCCUACCUGGGCAAUGUCGACUGCACCGGGGUGAGAGCGUGCUAUGAUGAAGGCAAACGCGUGGCCGAGACGCUGUUUUUCGAAUAUCACCGCACACAAGCAGUGGAUAUCCGUGUGGCACGCAUCUUCAACACGUAUGGACCGGGCAUGCAUCCGUACGAUGGACGUGUGGUAAGCAACUUUAUCAUGCAGGCGCUACAGGGCGAGGACAUCACGAUAUACGGCACGGGUAGCCAGACGCGCUCCUUCUGCUUCGUGGACGACCUUGUAGAAGCGAUAAUUCGCUUCAUGGACUGCAAGACGUGCGUGGGACCCAUGAACCUGGGCAACCCGCACGAGAUGACUAUCCGCGAGCUUGCUGAAAUGGUCAUCCGCCUGACAAAUUCUUGCAGCCGCUUGGUGUUCCGGGAUUUGCCUAACAAUGACCCCAAGUUGCGGAAACCUGACAUCACUCUUGCCAGAACGUAUUUGGAUUGGAACCCCCAUAUUUGCAUUGAAGAAGGACUCAUGCGCACCAUCGCGUAUUUUCGGGCCUUGGACUUAUCCAAAUUCAAGCGACCUACCAACAAUACGGCGCACUGCAAGAGCGAGAUGGCCAACCAGGCAAAAGUGGCCCGAAACUAG